GAAAAAACAGCCAACAACUAGCAUAUAACCACCAUUUCUCGUUGCACGAAUCGCCCAACCACCUAACUCUACCCUUCUCUAUUCUUCAAUCUCAAUCCAACCACACUCACCGUCUCCUACUCAUAGCGUUUAUUGCAGUAGUAGAAGCUUAAACCCACAUCAGAUCUCUCUUCGAGCAAUCCCAUAAGAUAAGUUAUUCCGUUCUCUAGUUGCUUGAAUUUGCCUUAGGAUUGAAAGGAAUGGCGAGGAAGAAGAUCAGAGAGUACGAUUCCAAGAGGCUGCUCAAAGAGCAUCUGAAAAGAUUAGCUGGUAUUGACCUCCAGAUCCGCUCUGCCCAGGUGACACAAUCAACGGACUUUACUGAGUUAACAAACAAAGAACCAUGGUUGUCAUCCACAAAGUUGGUUGUAAAGCCUGACAUGUUGUUCGGGAAACGAGGGAAGAGUGGCUUGGUAGCUCUAAAUUUAGAUCUCGCCCAAGUUGCUGCUUUUGUGAAAGAACGCCUUGGUGUUGAGGUUGAGAUGGGUGGUUGCAAAGCACCAAUAACGACAUUCAUUGUUGAGCCUUUUGUUCCCCACGAUCAAGAAUAUUACCUUUCAAUAGUGUCUGAGAGGUUAGGAUGUACCAUUAGCUUCUCAGAAUGUGGAGGUAUUGAAAUUGAAGAGAACUGGGACAAGGUUAAGACUAUCUUCCUUCCAACUGAAAAGCCAAUGAACUUGGAGGCAUGUGCUCCUUUGAUUGCUACACUUCCCUUAGAGGUUAGAGGGAAGAUCGGCGACUUUAUAAUGGGUGUUUUUUCUGUAUUUCAAGAUCUGGAUUUUAGUUUUCUUGAAACGGAGCCAUAUCCACUAGACAUGAGAGGCGAGUUGGAUGACACAGCUGCUUUCAAAAACUUCAAGAAAUGGGGUGAUAUAGAGUUUCCUCUACCUUUUGGAAGAGUCCUUAGUCCAACUGAAAGUUUCAUACACUCAUUGGAUGAAAAAACUAGUGCGUCGUUGAAAUUUACUGUUUUGAACCCAAAAGGACGUAUUUGGACAAUGGUAGCUGGAGGAGGUGCAAGUGUAAUAUAUGCAGACACAGUUGGAGAUCUGGGCUAUGCAUCUGAGCUUGGUAAUUAUGCCGAGUAUAGUGGAGCUCCAAAUGAAGAGGAGGUUUUGCAGUACGCAAGAGUUGUUAUUGAUUGUGCCACAGCUGAUCCUGAUGGCCGCAAGAGAGCUCUUCUUAUUGGAGGAGGCAUUGCUAACUUUACAGAUGUUGCUGCUACUUUCAAUGGAAUUAUUCGGGCUCUCAAGGAGAAGGAAUCGAAGUUGAAAGCAGCUAGAAUGCAUCUUUACGUUCGUAGAGGUGGGCCCAACUAUCAGACUGGUUUGGCAAGAAUGCGGGCUUUGGGAGAAGAAUUGGGAGUUCCCAUCGAGGUUUAUGGACCCGAGGCCACAAUGACGGGCAUUUGCAAGCAGGCAAUUGAUUGCAUCAUGUCUGCAGCAUAAUCGAGCUGUGCAUCUCUCUUUUUCAUUUGCGAAUUGAGAAAACUAAUCCAAAUAUUUCCCUCAGAGCAGUUGCUGAAAUGUCCUUCAAACUGGAUUGUUUGUUUGUGCUCUCUCUCUUUCGCCUCUGUAUGCCCCGUUGCGAUUUCUUUUUCCCAAAAGACAUUUUCGCUAAUGUGAAAUUAAAGAUUUGAGCUGCAGAAAACUUGGGUUGCGGGUCUAGCAUUGAAUCUGUUAGGUGCUAGUUUGUUGUGAAAUUUAUGAGCUGUCUCUCCAUGCUGCAUUUAUCAUACAGGUGGUCCUUGCUGAUUAAUGGUAUAGCAGUAGCAGCUUCGGCUGUGUAUGCAACUUGUGUUCACCACAGCUUGUGCAUUUCCGCAUUCAAGAUAGUGAAUUUUUCCAA